CGCCAACCCCGGAACACCCUGAUCGAUCGAUCCAGCCAUCCAUCCCCAACAGGCAGGCACACAAGAGCAUUUUUUUUUUGUUUGGUUUUUGUCGCAGCACGCACCCAACAGGCAGGCCACCCGGCGGGUUGAUCGAUCGAUGGUGAUGCGGUGCGCGCUCCUGGCGUGCCUGGUGGCGGCGUGGGCCGCGUCGCCCACCGCGUCCGCGUUCGUGUUCAAGGCAGGCGGCACGGGCGAGUGGCGCGUGCCCGCCGCCGGCGCCAACGCCACCAACGCGUACAACGCCUGGGCGCAGCGCAACCGCUUCCGCGUCGGUGACGCCAUCGCUUUCAGCUACACGGCCGGCAACGACUCGGUGCUCCUCGUCGACAAGAGGUCCUACGACGCCUGCGACACGGGCGCGCCCAUCGACACCUUCUCCGACGGCAGCACCGUGUUCACCUUAACCCGCUCCGGCCCCUACUACUUCAUCAGCGGCAGCAGGGACAGCUGCAACCGCGGCGAGAAGCUCAUCGUCGUCGUCAUGGCCGACCGAUCGGCCGUCGGCAACGCCACCGAGCCGGGCGCGGGGCUGGCGCCAUCGAUGUCGCCCAACGGCCCCUACUCGACCUACUCCCCGCCGCCGCCCUUCGGCAUCAACAUCUCGCCGGCGGCGUACCCGCCGCCACCGAGUGCCGCGCCGCCCAAGGUGGCGGGACUUGCAGACACUGCCGCGCUUGCCAUUGGAGCGCUAUUCUACGCGCUUGUUUGAUGUGUGUGUUUUGUUUAAAAUGGUCGUAUGCGCGCGCAGUGGACGGAGAGGAGGUCUCAUCAUAUGGCGGCUGCUUCACUAGCUUGCCCACAUUCUACAUGCCGAUUGAGUCGAGUGAACCUGCAUGCUUUUCAUGUUUAAAAGGUUGUCAAAUGUUGAUGUAAUGUAAUGUAUGUAUUAUUGUUGAUUAAUUCAAUGCUGUUGGAUUGUUAUUUUAUUCCAA